CAUCAUCCAAAACAUCAAGCUCAAAACAUUCUUAAGCAAACACAAGCGCUUUUCUUCUAAGCACUUCCUCAAACCCUUAACCACUUCCUCAAACCCUUAACCUUCCUCAAAACCUUAACCAUCCUCUCUUCCUACCUAGCAAAACCCACUUCACCUCAACCACCAUGGCUCCAAAUAUCACCACCGCCACCACCAUGGUCCCCGCCACCAAGGCAGCCAGUGGGCCCAGCAGGGCUUACGUCACCUUCCUGGCCGGCACCGGUGACUAUGUGAAGGGUGUGGUUGGCUUGGCCAAGGGGCUAAGAAAAGUGAAGAGCAAGUACCCUCUGGUUGUGGCCAUCUUGCCAGAUGUCCCCAAGGAGCACCGUCAGAUACUGGUCUCCCAAGGCUGCAUAGUGAAGGAGAUCGAGCCUGUGUACCCUCCGCCCAACCAGACUCAGUUCGCCAUGGCCUACUACGUCAUCAACUACUCCAAGCUGCGCAUUUGGGAGUUUGUGGAGUACAGCAAGAUGAUCUACUUGGACGGUGACAUCCAAGUUUUUCAGAACAUUGACCACCUGUUUGACUACCCAGAUGGCUACUUCUAUGCUGUGAUGGACUGCUUCUGUGAGAAAACUUGGAGUUCCAGCCCACAGUACAAGAUUGGGUACUGCCAGCAAUGCCCUGACAAGGUCCAGUGGGCCCCUGAGUUGGGCCCAAGGCCUCCUCUCUACUUCAACGCUGGCAUGUUUGUGUAUGAGCCAAGCUUGCCCGUUUACCAUGACCUCCUCAGAACCCUCCAAGUUUCUCCCACCACCUCUUUUGCUGAGCAGGACUUUCUGAACGUGUUUUUCAGGGACAAGUACAAGCCCAUCCCUUCAAACUACAACCUUGUUUUGGCCAUGCUCUGGCGCCACCCUGAGAACAUCCAGCUUGACCAAGUCAAAGUUGUUCACUAUUGUGCUGAUGGUUCUAAGCCAUGGAGGUAUACUGGGAAGGAGGAGAACAUGGAGAGGGAGGACAUUAAGAUGCUGGUAAAGAAAUGGUGGGACAUUUAUGACGACGAGUCAUUGGACUUCAAGAACAUUGUGGCUGCAGCCGAGGCUGGAAAUGGCGCAGACCACGUGGACCUGCAGGCAUUCAAGGCUGCUCUGUCGGAGGCUGGCGUUGUCAAUUUCAGAACUGCCCCAUCUGCUGCUUAGUUGGCCCCUGCUGUUUCUCAAAGAGAAUGAAGUCUAUAUAGAAUGUAUUGGAUUUUAUUUUUUCUUGUCUCCCUAGGAAUAUUUAACUUGGGAGUCAUUUUUUUUUAUGUGUGAGGACCUUUUUUUUUGUUUGGUCUAAAGAGUAUCAUUCAUGUCCUCUGUUAUUUAGUUCUAAAUAUAUUUUUAAUUUAUAUAUAUUUGCAAUU